AUGAGAGAAUGCGACCGCCUCUGGAAAGAAGGGGAGACAAAUAAUGAGGAUCUACUUGGUAUAUUGCUGGAAUCUAAUUUUAAAGAAAUCGAACAGCAUGGAGACAAGGAUUUUGGACUGAGCAUUGAAGAAGUCAUUCAAGAGUGCAAGUUGUUCUAUUUUGCUGGCCAAGAAACUACAUCGGUGUUGCUUGUAUGGACUCUAAUUUUGUUGAGCAGGUAUCAGGAUUGGCAGACAUGGGCCAGAGAAGAGGUGUUGCAAGUCUUUGGGAGUCAGAAACCAGAUUUUGAUGGAUUGAAUCAUCUAAAAAUUGUGACAAUGAUCUUAUACGAGUCUUUAAGGCUAUACCCACCAAUAGUGACACUUAGCCGACGACCUAAUGAAGACACUGUAUUAGGAGAUCUAUCUCUACCAGCUGGUGUGCUAGUCUCUGUACCGGUGAUCUUAGUGCACCAUGAUGAAGAGAUAUGGGGCGAAGAUGAAAAGAAGUUCAAGCCAGAGAGAUUCAGAGAUGGAGUCUUGAGUGCAACAAAGGGUCAAGUUGCAUUUCUUCCAUUUAUCUAUGGUCCCAGAAUAUGCAUUGGUCAAAAUUUCGCCAUGAUAGAAGCAAAGAUGGCUCUGGCUAUGAUCCUACAAUGCUUCUCCUUCGAACUGUCUCCAUCUUACACACAUGCUCCACAUUCCAUAAUAACUACGCAACCCCAAUAUGGUGCUCCACUUAUUCUGCACAAACUAUAGUUUGUUAGUUAUAAGCAGUUUCUUGUCUUUCAGAAAUAGCCUCUCCACCUCCUCUAGGCAGGGGUAAGUUCUGCGUACACUCUACACUUCCCAGAUCCCAUUUGUGGGAUUUCACAAGGUAUGUUGUUGUUGUGUCUUGUCUGUUAUGUGUUAUAGUUGGUCCAAGAUGUUCAAUGAAGGCUUGUAACACUGCCAAAUGAACCUCUAUUUGCACUCACGAAUUGUGAUUGUUGUAAUGUAUCCUCUUGAACUUCA